UUUCUUCUCUACAUUUGCAUCUUUCACUACUCUCUCCCUCUCCCUCUCCCUCUCCCUCUCUCUCUUCCAUAUCUUCAGACCUUCCCAUCUCCUAUAUUUAUAACCAUUUGAACUCAAAUUCCACCCUUCAUCCCAUCUACAUACCAAAACAACUCUCUCCCUCUCUCUCUUCCAUAUCUUCAGAGUCCUUCCCAUUUCCUACUUCAAUACCUCUUUGAACUCAAAUUCCUCCCUUCUUCCCAUCUACAUACCAAAACAACUCUCUCCCUCUGUCUCUCUUCCAUAUCUUCAUAGUCCUUCUCAUUUCCUAUUUCUAUACCUAUUUGAAGUCAAAUUCCUCCCUUCUUUCCAUCACUGCCCAAAACAGAAGACAUAGUCGAUUCACUGGUCACGCUUGCCAUAGAAAAAUUGGCCAAAGUUCUUGAAGAUGAGGUGGUUUUGUUGGUGGGUGUCACAAACGAGAUCAAAAAGCUUUCCAGUACGUUCACCUUGAUCCAAGCUGUGCUUAAAGAUGCUGAAACUCGGCGAGUGAAGGACGAAGCGGUGAAGAAGUGGUUAGAUAAGCUCAAAGACGUGGCCUAUGAUGUGGAUGACAUACUAGAUGAAUGGAUGACGGAAGCUCUCAAAUCCCAAGCACCUGAUGAAGACGGUGGGUCCUGUUUCAGCAAGAAGAAUGUAAGAAGCUUCCUGUCGCCUGUUAACUGCUUCAAUCAUGUCGUGUUACGCCCAAAAAUUGGGAGUAGGAUAAAGGAAGUGAGGGGUAGAUUAGAUGAUAUCGCCGAAGAGAUGAACCAAUUUAAAUUUAUUAUGAGUGAGAGAGUGUAUACUGAAGUGAGGCAGGGUGGGAUGAGAGAGCGAGAGAUAGGCUCUCUCCUCGACCCAAAGUCAAUUAUAGGCAGAGAACGUGAAAAAAAUGAAGUCAUAGACUUGCUGCUGCAGGAGGUAAAUGAGGUGCCCUAUGUCAUUUCUAUUGUUGGGAUGGGGGGCAUGGGCAAAACCACCCUUGCCCAGCUCACCUACAAUGAUGAGAAAGUCGGGGGGCAUUUCCACAAGAGAAUGUGGGUGUGUGUUUCAGACGAUUUUGAUGUGAAACGGGUUACAAAAUCAAUCGUAGAAUCUGCAGAUGGGUCUGGUUGUGAGGAUCUAGACCUGGACACGUUGCAAAGGCGUCUCAGCGAAAAGUUGCAAGCACAGCGAUUCUUGCUUGUGCUUGAUGACAUUUGGAGUGAAGAUAGAGAGAAGUGGGACAAACUGAGACUUCCCUUUCAAGCCGGUGCAUUAGGGAGUCGAAUUGUCAUAACCACUCGCAGUGAAAAGGUUGCACAGGCGAUGCGAAGCACUCAAAUACGCAAACUGGCGGCCUUAUCCGAAGACGAAUGCUGGUUAUUGUUCAGUGGUGGAGCAUUCGAACAUCGGAAUGCUGACGAGCGUUCAGAGUUGGAAGAGAUUGGAAGGGAAAUUGUAAACAGGUGUGGAGGGUUGCCUCUCGCAGCAAAGACAAUAGGGUGUGCCAUGUGGUGGAGAAGGACGAGAAGGGAGUGGGAGCUUGUGUUGGAAAGCGAGAUAUGGAACUCAGCUGAUAUCUUGGGAGGUAUUUUACCGGCUUUGUUACUAAGCUACCAUGAUUUGCCUCCCGCUCUGAAGCAGUGCUUUGCGUAUUGCUCUAUUUUUCCGAAAGAUUGGGAGAUAAAGAAGGAUACGAUAGUCAAGCUAUGGGUGGCACAAGGUUUCAUCUGCUCCAAGGGAAGUCAAGACAUGGUGGAAAUUGGUGGGCAAAAUUUUGAAGAUUUACUAAGACGCUCGUUGCUCCAAGAUGCAAAACUCGACCGUGACAAGAACAUAGUCAGUUGCAAGAUGCAUGAUUUAGUUCAUGAUCUUGCACAAUCUGUUGCAGGAAGUGAGUUUUCAGUGGCGCAGAUCGGAAAGCAAGCUUCGUUAAACUUCGACAAUGUCCGCCAUUCUAAUUUAUUUGCUAGUGAUGAAGCUGUUAAUGAAGCUGAUGAAGUGGCUUACAUUUUGGCCACCUUGUAUAAGGCCCACAAGCUGCGGACGUUGUUCCUUGACUCAAGAAUCUCCAUGGUGCCAAGAAUGUCAUUCCAUCAUUGGAGACGCCUUAGGGCAUUGGACUUGAGUUAUACCAGCAUUACGAAAUUGUCUCCAACGGUGGGACAUUUGAAACACUUGAGAUUUCUUGAUUUGUCAGGCACAGACGUAGAAGAGUUGCCAGAGGAGGUGUGUAAUUGCCUAAAUUUACAAACAUUGAGACUCAAUGAUUGUGGGGAGCUAAAAAAACUGCCUGGAGGGAUGAAGAAAAUGAUUAACCUGAGACAUCUAGAAAUUGAAAAUUCAGAUGAUCUGAGGUACUUACCGCAGGGUAUAGGGAGUGUAACUGGCCUUUGGACGUUAACAACCUUCAUUGUAGGGGGUGGGGACGAAGGAUGGAAAUGUGGAGAACUGAAACACCUCAAUCAUCUUCAAGGAAGUCUUAAAAUUACCGGCUUGGACAAAAACAGGAGCGGGGACGAAGCUAGAGAGGCAGAACUGAAUAAGAAGCAGCACCUUCAUACUCUAUCCUUCUACUAUAAGUUUGAAGAUGGUGAGCUGUUGGAUGAAGAGGUGAAGAGAAUGGAGGACGUGCUUGAAAUUCUCCGGCCCCACACAAACUUGAAAGAGUUGGCAAUACGUUAUUACAGAGGUUCGAAGCUUCCCAAGUGGAUAGAGGAUCCGGUGUUCUCCAAUCUAGUCAGGAUGACACUCUCGUCUUGUUGGGAGUGUAAACAAUUGCCAGGUUUUGGGAAACUGCCGUCCCUUAAAUACCUUUCUAUUUCGUACAAUGAAGUGGUAAGAAAGGUGGGUGUUGAGUUUAGUGGGGUUGAUAACAAUGACGGAAGUGGAUGUGUUGUCUCAUUCCCCAAGUUGGAGACCCUCAUCUUCUGGGACAUGAUAAAUUGGGGGGAGUGGGAAUUGAGAGGUGGAGAUGGAGAGGUUAUGCCAUCACUCCUUGAAUUAGAAAUACGUGGUUGCCUAAAGCUGAGGGAGUUGCCAACCAACCUUCCACCGCUCCUCCAGAAGCUGAGUUUACAAAUAAGUAACGAAGGGAUGUUGUCAUCGGGAGGGACCUUACCCGUCCUCCCCAGCCUCAAACAUUUGAUUAUUAGCUGGAGUGAUGAGCUGAAAUCGUUCCCUUGUGGUUGGUUGGGACAAUUCAAAGCCCUCAAGACUCUGGAAAUCGACAACUGUCCGGAGUUGGAGUCUCUACCAGAUGAGGAGUUUCAACAGCUCACCCUGCUUCAAGAAUUGAUCAUCUUCUAUUGUCCACUCUUAAGAAGGCGCUACGGAGAUGGAGGAGAAGAUCGGGACAAGAUUGCUCAAAUCCCCAGUAUAUCAAUUACUGGGUAAAAGGUGCAUAGGAUUUUCUUUUGCUUUUGUUUAUAGGAAAUGUAUUGCUUCUCCCUGUAACUCCUCUUCUUUUUUAUUCAUUUUCUUUUUUGUUUGUUUUUUUAAUUUUAA